CGAAUUAGUAUGCGCAUUUGCACGUAUAAAAGAUAAACUCUUUAUAAGCUGAUGUUACAGAAUAUAUAUUGUAGCAUCAUGUUGAGUACAAUUAUCAUUGCUUUUGGAGUAAUUGAAACAUUUGUUGGAGGUCAUGCUUUAUUUCAAACGAGAAUUUUGGGUGGUGAAAAUGCAUCAGAUGGUGAAUUCCCUUAUAUGGUAUCAUUGAGAAGAGAUGGUUUACAUUUUUGCGGAGGUGCAAUUAUCAGCCCCAGGCAUAUCCUUACCGCAGCUCAUUGUUUUGUUGGGAAAGCUGAUCCACCAUACAUAACGAAUUUAACCGUCGUGUCUGGUGCGGUAAAGAAGCGAUAUCAUGGUCAAUCUCACAAUGUCUUGAAAGUCACAGUGCACCCAAAUUUCACAAGAGGUUUUGAAGCCCGAUGGCGUGAUGAUAUCGCUGUUCUGACUGUAUCACAAAAAAUUGUUGUCAACAACCGACAAUCGUCAAUUCCAUUGCCAACACAAGACACCCCUGGCGAUGUCACAGCUGUUUUGACUGGAUGGGGACAGCUCUCAUCUACUGAUUUUAUCGAACCAGACGUUCUUCAAAAACGCCAUGUCAGAAUUCUCAAAAAUAAAGAUUGUAAUGACAAAAAUUCUAGAAUGUUAGACAGUCAAAUUUGUGGUUAUGAUGGAGAAGGAACUGGUUUUUGUAAUGGAGAUAGUGGAAGUCCUUUGGUGUACAACGAUGAAGUAGUUGGAAUCGUAUCUUUUUCUGUUCUCUGUGGACUUGGAUAUCCAGAUUUAUACACAAGAGUUUAUCAUUACCUCGAUUUCAUUAGAAGUGCAAUGUAAAUAGAAUAUUAUGCACUGUGAAAAUUGUAGGAUAACUAUGAAAAAGAGUCUUUAAUAGUAAACAACUGAUGGUAUUAAGUAAAAAAAAAAAUCUCGCUUCAAAAAAAAUUUUAUCAUUUUAUUCGGGUCACUUUCUGGUUCGAACGAUACAGCAAAUGUAACAACAGAUAAAUCAUCAAAAGUGAACACCAUAAUAAUUAUAAAAAAUUAACAAGUUUUUGUUUCAACUGACAGGGGCUUCGAUAAAAAAACUUCUAAAAAUAUGCCUUUUAAAGUUUAUAAAUGUUUACAUUGGAUGUUUUUUAUCAUUCAAAACAAGUAAAUUAUCAUGUUUCGUUUUUAUUAUAAAUAAACUAUUGUAUGUUGACGAACCUAAGCUCCUUUUUUUCUUAUUGUACAGUUUGUGUGCAGUGUUCAUUAAAAAUGAAUUUGAAAAAAAAGAAAAUAAUUAACAAAGAAAAUAAAUGAACAGUAAAAAAAAAA